GCAGGUGAAACUUUCCAAAAUGGCUUCUUUGAGCAAAGCGGAGUAUUUGAAACGUUAUUUAUCAGCAGAUUCUGAAGCAACUCAAAUGAAAAAGAAGCGUAGGAAAAAGAAAGUUGCAGUAGCACCGGUUUCUAGAAUCAAGAUAUUUGAUGAUGACAUUGAUCUUAAAGCUCUUGUCCCAGAUGUGACCCAAGGUACGACAACAUUAGAUGAGAUUGAUGAGGCGCCAACGGUCGCUGAUUUUGUCGAUGAGCGACCAGAUCAUGUGAAACACUUGGAGGUUUUCCAGAGCGAUCGAUGGAAGGUGAUGACAAAAGAUAAAGAGACCAGUGAACAAAACUUGCCACCGCGUCGCCAGAGACAUGACUCGGAUUCUGAUUCGUGCAGUCAAAAUGGUGGCAUGAUUGACAUGCCUGGACGCCAUGAUUCUGAUUCUGAUCAUCGUGCGAAACGGACAUCUAGACAUGAUUCAGAUUCUGACCAAUCACCUCCAAGGACUAAAAGGCAUGAUUCAGACUCUGACCAAUCACAUCCAAGGACUAAAAGGCGUGAUUCAGAUUCUGACCAAUCACCUCCUAGAACUAAAAGGCAUGAUUCAGAUUCAGACCAAUCACCACCAAGAAAACGGACCAGAUCAGAUUCUGACCAAUCACCUGUCAGAAAAACUAAUGGUUCAGAUUCAGACCAAUCACCACCAAGGAGAAAAAGCCAGAAUUCUGAUUCUGACCAAUCACCUGCAAGGAGAAAAAGACAGAAUUCAGAUUCUGACCAAUCACCACCUAGGAAAAAGAGAGAGGAAAAUGUCAGGAGACCCUCACGCUGGGGUCAGGAAGAAAGAGACAAGAAAAUGAAAGAAACUCUGUCAGGAAAAAAAGCUGGCCUGUCGUCUGCUAAAGAAAUGAAGCAUGAAAUGGAACAAGUGAAGCAGAAAGAGAAUGAAGCAUUUAAAAAGAUUGACGCCGAAACACUUGGUAAGCAUGCGGCAACCGUUGUACGAGGGAGACGACGGAAGAUUGCCGAGGAGAAUGAAGAAAAGGCGCAGAAAAUGGCAGAGCGGGAGAAGAAAUAUGAAUCAUGGGGACAAGGAUUGAAACAACAGGAAUUACGAGCUGAGAAUCUUGCGGACCAUAUGCACGAGAUGGACAAGCCGCUCGCACGACAUACAGGAGAUGACGAUUUGGAGAGUCUGCUGAAGGAGAAAGAACGCGAUGGAGAUCCGAUGGCCGCGUUUAUGAGAAAGAAAAAAUCCAAAGCACCGCAGUCGAAAAAGAAAGAAUAUCCAGUUUAUAAGGGACCCCAGCCCCCUCCGAACAGGUACGGUCUCCGACCGGGGUAUCGAUGGGAUGGCGUGGACAGGUCGACUGGCUUCGAGAAGAAAAUCUUCGCACAAAUGGCCUCGAAGAAAGCCAGGGAAAUCGAAGCUUACAAAUGGAGUAUCGAGGAUAUGUAAAGGAUUGUACAUUUCUUGCCUUGGUCGUGUUUCUUGGGAUGAAACAUUACGUUGAUAGAUAACGACUUAGUCUCUUGUAAGAACAGUGGACUGGAAAACUCUUCUCUGAUAAUAUCCGUGUAGUGGAAGUUUAAAAAUGAUCUAUUUUGGAUCUGUGACGUUAUGUGACACCGAAAAAACAUUUUCGUCGUUAAAUUCUUAACCGUGGUCGAAUGUGUUGCCAUGGUUAAAUGUGUUGCCAUGGUCGAGUCUCACCAUAGUCAAGUGUGUUGCCAAGCCUAAUGACUUUGCUGUUUGUGGCAAUAUGGAAAUUACAAAAGACUAUAGUGUAGCGACUCUGAGCUCAAGACUGCUAUAUUUGUUUAGACAAUUGAAUAUCAGCUACAGGAAAGUAUGAGUAACCCGGCAAAUUGUAAGUAGUUCGAACAUGAUUCUAAGCAUGCGUUGCAUUAAACUGACACCAAGUGGUACUGUAAACCAUGACAUUUUUGCGGGUGUUUUAUUUUGAAGAUUUCGUGAAUGAGUGUACCGUUUACAGUGUAUGGUGGAACCUCGCUUUAUAGCAGAUACUUCUCUAUAAGAGACACCCUCUCUACUAAGGACACUAGUUUUGGUCCAAAGUUGGUUGUUUCUCUAGACAUGACACCUCUCUAUUCAGGACAGCACUUGUCAGUCCCGAUUGCGAGGUUCUACUGUAUUUCUGUAUGACUUUUUCCAUCCAUAGCUAAAUCACAAAAUUUCUUUGAAGGGUGUGUGGGACUUGAGGUUCCAUCCCUGCUUGCACAGAAGAUUUGACAAAGUACCGCACACCACAUGGUAC